AUGAACAUCCCGAAGAGAGGUCUCAAGAUCUGCCUUGCUGUGUUCUUCGUCUUCUUGAUCAUUCUUGCCACUGUGAUCAUUACCCUAAUCUUCACCGUCUUCAAACCUAAGAAUCCUGAAAUUACUGUGAAACCCAUGGGUUUUCCGUUUCCCAAUGGUUUAUCAGGAAAUGUGACUGUGAAAAUGGCGGUUACGAUAGUGAAUCGGAACUAUGGAAGUUUUAGUUACGAGAAUUCCACUGGUUAUGUGAACUUUCAGGACAUCGUCGUGGCUGAAGUUCCACUGGAAAGUAAAAGGAUUCCGGCGAGAAGGACGGUGAAUUUGACAACUUCUGCAGAUUUUAUGAUUGGAAAGUUGAUAAAAGAUCCCAAUUUUUGGAAAGAAAUUGCAGAAGAAAACGGAACGGUGGUUCUGAGAUCGGUGGCUACACUUCCUGGAAAAGCAACGAUGCUGAAGAUUUUCAAGAAGAAAGCGACGGUUCAUAACACUUGUGACAUCUCUCUUCAUAUUGCUUCAUUGGGCGUUGAUUCUAAGUGUGUAUCCAAAAUCAAGUUAUGA